CUUCAGGCCCACAAUCGGGGAUUUGAUUUCCUCCACGAGACGGAGACGAAGUGCGGAGCGCAGUUCGUGCGCCACCAAGCGGACAGCUGGGAGAGGCCAAAUUACGCGGUGCCUGAUGGGAAAAAGUCGACAUCAUGCCCACGCAUUAUGUUUAUCAUAUCUACACGUACGUACGUACGUGCAUGUACUGACGUUGUUGAGAAUUGUAGUGUUUUGUGGGCGAUUAUUUCACUUGUAUCAAUACCUGAUAACAAUGGUUUACUUCUGUGAAGCUUCAGAAUGCCAGGCACACUCAUCCAAACUCAAAAAAAUCUCGAAAUACCCAUGGAUGAUAGAUAUAAGGUGGGUUAAGUGGCCCCGAAAGGAUGCCGCUGCUGUCUUGAGAUGGAAAAACCUGAUCAAGCGCGAAGGCAAAAGCAGAGUACAUGGCAAAAUCGUAGACCAGCUGACCAUCACGAAACGAUCCAGGCUCUGUAGCAGGCAUUUUGACGAAGAAGACAUAGACAUGUACGGAAAUGCCAUGUGUGACCCCAAGUACUUUGAAUGGAAUAACUGGGGAGGAAGGAAGACAACCCAACGAGCUCAAGCAAGAACCACGUUAAGCCUACGUGCCCUGCAGAAACUUGACCAGGCAAGGCAGGCUCAGAAAGCAUGGUCAGGGCUGGAUGCGUAUCAUCCCGUGGAUGUAGGACUAGGGGCAAGAUGUGAAGUGAAGACUCACAAUGUACCACCUGUUGAAGGUGAACUGGCAGUUACGGUCUCGUCUGAAACAACCCGAAUUAAUGUUGGACGUAUGGAGCCUCUGUUUUGGGCCGAGGCUCCACAGCCCAUGGAUCACGACUACCUCUGCACCCCAUCGCCAGCUUUGAUGAUUGAUCAGAGUGUUCAGACUGUCAUGACGAUGAAUGAUAUUACAGCACUGGAACGUCAGGCCCGGUCACCUCCUCAGCCACUCCCAGGGCAAGCUGUGGUAGAUUAUGCUACUGAGACUGAUGAGAAGGUCAAAUUCUACACAGGAUUAACUUCCAAGAGCAUUCUUCUGGGAAUUUUUGAUUCUAUCAGCGAUGGUGUUGAUCGUUUACAAUAUUGGAAGAGGACCAGUGCAAACACAGAGGAACAUGGCCACGAACAAAGUGGGAAACGACGCUCGAGCAGACGGCAUCAGCUCCCACUAUUUCUCCAGUUUCUCAUGACGCUCAUCAGACUGCGACUAAACUUGCCUCUCCUCCUUCUGGCAGACCUGUUCCACGUGAGCAGGUCGACAGUCGCAACGGUCACCAUCACCUGGAUUUCCUACUUGCACCAAACUCUGGUACCAGCACUACUCGUGUGGCCAUCUCAAGCUUACAUCAGAGGGCGGAUGCCGUCGGCCUUUAAGGCAACAUUUCCCAACACCCGUGUAGUGAUAGACUGUUCCAAGUUCCUCAUUUAUAAACGACGUCAAACACACUGCCAGUACAACAGCCACAGCACGUGUAAGGUGUUGUUUGGAGUCUCACCAUCUGGUGCAUUCACAUUUGUGUCAGAUCUGUGGUCGGGAAAUGUGUCUGAGAAGUACUUGAUCGAACAGAGCGGGCUGAUAGACAAACUCGAUGACGGCGACGCAGUAAUGGCUAAUCAAAGCUUCCACAUAGAGGACUCACUUCGAAGGAAAAAGGUAACACUCAUAGUGCCACCGUUGGCAAGAGAGCAGCAUUGUGGAAAAGGAAAGAGACUUAAUGUCAACGAGAUUGGGCUUUCAAGACAGAUUGCACGUCUUCGCGUUCGUGCAGAGAGGGCAAUUCGGCACGUCAAACGUUGGCAGAUCCUGAAACAUCAAAUCCCGCAAUCCCUACGAGACUGUGCCCCUAUGAUUGUAAAACUCGUUGCAGCGCUGUGCAAUGUUAAGGCGCCUCUGUUUAAUCCAAACAGUGGAAAAUGUCUGAGAAAGCAAAAAGUAGGUCGAAGAAAGCCAGUGAAGCGAUUGAAACAUUGACAAUGUUGUAACACUGUUACCCUAAACAGAAACUUCAGUCCAAUAUGUGUAGUUCAUUUUGAUGAAAUGCAAUCAGUGAUUUGAACACUCCAGUACUUUUGUUUACAAGGUGAACCUGAUGUUUUUCAUUCAAACCUGUCUAAAAUGAGAAAUAACUGCUGGUAUUACCAUAGGCUCUGUAUCUGGCACAGAAUAUUGUCACUACAGAGCCUGGAAAGUGACUACAUGUUUACAUGUGUGUUACAUCUUUGAAUUUUGAGUUGCAGCCCUGGGCACGGUACCAGUGUCUAAGAUGUUUGUGUGUGUUAUUGAAUGUGGUUUUGAAAGAGUAAAAAUUCGAAGAAGGAAAGAGUAAACAUUGAAAAUCUUAAAUGGGCAUUAAAUAAAUGCUUAGAGUUUUUGAAAAUCUGGGAAUCAUCGCUUUGUUUAUUUUUUCAAGAUAGAGUUUGUAAUUUUGAAAGAUUUUUUAAAACCAACAGUUCCAUACUUGCCCAAGUCCAAGCACUCGACAUCUAAAAGGGCAUGAAAUAAAUUGUUCGUAGAUUUGUGGCAGGCCUUGACAUUAUUUGAUCCUUUGCAGUGUUGAAUUUGUGGUUUUUGAAAAGGUCAAUAACUGAAAGAUUUGGUACAAAUUAUACGAGCUCUCAGACUCUUAAACGGAUCAUAAAUAAAUUCAAAGACUUCCUCAUGUUUAAAAAACAAGUGAUUUAGUUCAGAUUUCAAAAGAUUUGAUUAGGCAGAAAUCGCCUUUUUUUGCAUGUCCUAUCAGAAUAUUGUUUUGAAUAGUAGAUGACUACUUUCCUUUGUAACUAGUGCGUGAACUGUACUCAAUACACAAACUUUUAAUUCCUUGGGACUUUAGUUUCGCAACUUCCCAACGUUGUGCCCCAUUAUAGGCGGGUGUGCGUUGGGCUUCAACAGAGUAACUUUUUUCCAACAAACUGAAGUCCAGAAAAAAGUUUCACCCAUGUAAUUGUUUUUAACUAUAUUACCACUGAGAAGAACCGCCAGUUUAAUGUAACUUCUGAUCCGAAAGUAACAUUUUGAAUUAAAUGUGUGACUUCAUUGCACACUGUACGUGUAUAUUUCCUGUUACAAAUGAUUAUCAAUUUUGGUUGUCUGAGGAGGGUGUGUUCUUGUGGUUCGACACCAUGCACCAGAUUUAUCGGUUACCACUGUCAUACGAAAGUAUCUUACAGUACUUCAAAUAAAUUGCACAGAAUGAUGCCCUAUCGUAUACUUGUAUCAAAACAUGUAGCACUGGUAUGCAUUCUGAAAUAAACUUGGCACAUGUAGUUACAAUC